AUGGAGUUCAUCAGAAGUGAGCGUGUCAGAAUGAUGAUCAGCAACUACACUUACCUCCCCGACCUCGACGACCCUGCAUUCCUGGGUCAGGUCUUCAAGGCCUGGAAGGACGAGGUUCACCAACAUGAAAAGGUGCAUGAUCUCGAAAGAAAGGUCCAGAUGGGCAAGAACCAAGUCCCAUGGAGUCUCGGUACACUGAGACAGGCAAAGUUACUGAAGAGGAUGAACUUUGCCAUGGCAACUGCUCUGCUUUGCAAGAGAGGGUGCAGAGACCGAAUGGACUUCCUCCAUGCAUUGAGAAGAAUAGUUCGUGUAAGGUCCUUCAAACCAAACAGUUUUGAUUUUAAGACGGAGUACUAUCGAAUUGCGUGGGAAUGCCUCAAGGUGGGAGACUGCUCUCCGCUGUUGAUUACACCUUUUAUGGGAGCUAUCGAAAGACGAGGUCCAUACCACUGGUCUGAGUUUGGCUAUAGUGACGUUUUCACUUGGCAGUUGGGACAGGAAGUGAGUCCGCCAACACUGGGCAAAUACACAACUUUGGAUGAUUCGGAGCAACGUGUUACUCUUCAUGUGGAACAAAUUGGAGCAGUUUCGAUAGUAGGCAGACCAGAGAAAGGUUCGAUGAUACAAGCCUUCUCGUCUGCUGCGAAGCUAGCUUUUUUGGAGAUUGAUGGACCAGAUGUCAAAGACUUUAUUACAGCCCUGGGAAGAACUCAUACAGGGAGUGCAUCAACCACCAUGGAAAUCCUGGAAGAGAAGAAUGAAGUGAAUCGUCUACAGGGAGUUCUGAACAGGCUCUACAACAGCCCAGAAGUUCCCACCUGGCCAUUGGAUGGUAAGGAUAACAUCAAAUGGCUCGCAGACGUGCUAUCAUUCUCCAAGCUCAGACCUGGCGAUGAUCAAACUGUGCUGGGAGACAAUGCAGCCAGAUUCGGGACCAUCCACUGCAGACCGUAUGAUUACACCGUUGGUAUCACUUGUAUCGGUUGUGGUAGGAUGUUCGCACAUAAGGUCGGGAGUUUCGUCUUGCCAACGGAGCUACGGAACGCGAAAGCAUAUCGUAUUCCUGGCCUCAAGUAUUUAUGCUCCGAGAAGGACGGUUUAGGAAUCUUGAUUCAGGGGGAUAAGAUUGUUGGAAGAAUGAUAUGGGCCACGCCCGCUUGUUCAUGUAGGAAGACAGAAGUGGUAACCCUGAGGAUGCCAGAGUUUUUCUUACCCAGCGCGUUUUCAAUCAACUAG